AUGCCUUCAUUGAACAUUGACCCAAAACUGCUGCCGGAGCUGGUGGGCCUGCCGGCUGCCAUGCCACCGCCGGGAGUCGUACCCAACUUCAUAAAUCCAUACACUCUAGCCCCUCUUAGCUACUGGGGAGGUUCUGUUUUCGUGUUUAUCAUGAUUUGUUUUGUUAUGGCACGAUUUUACAACAAAACGUUCCUGGCGAAAGCUUACACUUGGGAUGAUUUCUGCAAAGCUGGAGUCGGAACUCAUGAGUGGGAUUUGAAAAUAGGUCAAAUGAUCAGUAACGAGUUUCUGGUUGACGGCGGUGCCUUUGUCGUUGUAACAUUGCCAUGCAUGAUGUUUGCAAAGCUCACAUUCUUUAUAUUCUACGUUCAGAUAUUCAGAAUCCGAACCCACCUCUCGCGUUGGAUUUGGGCUGGUGCAAUAGUCACCACCGGGUUCUAUAUCGCCACCUCAAUAGCUCAGUUCUACUUCACCAUCCCCGGUCCUGGACAGACUUGGUUUGACAAAAUUGACUUGAAUCCAAACAGUCAGUCCUCGAUUAUUGGGAUAGUAUCGUCAUGCUUUGGCAUCAUCAGUGAUUUCUAUUUGUUCUUUUUGGCAGUGGCGGGCAUCUGGAAAUUGCAGAUUCCGAAAGAGCGAAAGAUGGGAGUCAUUGCCGUCUUUGCAACCGGCCUGUUAGCUUGUGUCGUUAGUGUCGUUGGCUUAGUCUACCGAAUCAAGUCAAGAGAGGGCUCCGAUGGUACUUACCAGCUGCUUCCCCCUGCCUUUCUCAUUGUUGUCGAGCUUGCCGUCGGAGUUUCCUGCUCGUGCAUGCCUUCCGUUGGUUGUAUAACCAGAAAGUAUUCUAAAAACAUCUCUGGCCUCACAUCCUAUUGGUCGAAGCUUCGCACACGUUAUGGGACAAGUAGGUCCCGAAAUGACCAGACUCAACCCAAGGAGUAUAGCAGCUCCCAAGUUACACCCAAUCGCAGUAUGACCAACGCCCGGCCAUAUUCCGUAUUGGAGGGGCGGGAAAUUGCCCAAUUGAAGGCUGCCCCCAUUUCAUCCGAUCGCAUCAGCACUUGGGAGCUGGAGACGGUGGGACAUGAUCUACCACAUAAGCAUUCAUUAGAUGCGGAACUUUUGCACUCUUCAUCACCUGUCUAA